AUUUCUACUUGUGAUUCAUCCCAGCGGAACCCACUUGCAUUUUCAUUCCCUUAUUUAUUUUGUGUUGUAGCCGAGUAAUGGAGAGAAAAAAAUAUUAUGUGGUGACUAACCAAUCGGGAGGAGACACACUACACUCAUGUGAUUUGUGACUGCGUGGCUCACUUUUGACGGUUUUUCUUAUAGAUUUUUAGACAGCAAAUAUAAGGGCCCCCUUAGACAAAAACGAACAGGAGGGAGAAAAAUAGAACACAACAGCAGCAACAAUUUUUAGGCUCUACUUCAUGAUUUCAUUUUUCCUUUAGAUCACUUAUCUAAACAACCCAACUUUUGGAUUACACUUUUCCAUCCACCACCCAAAUCCACCAAAUCUAAUCCAAAACCCAUUCAUUAUUUUCAUCCAAAAAGUUGAAGAUGACCGUUUUGGCAUAAAAUCGAAAACAUUGAAAAAGUUAAAGAUUGAAGGGCUAUUCAUCACCAUCCAUUCAUAAUUUCAUCGUUUGGGUUACUGUACCACUGAUAGUGUGUAUGGCUGCUCUAAUAGAUGGCCUCCCUGAUGCUGUUGCACUUAGAUGUCUGGCCCGGGUGCCGUUCUACCUUCACCCUACCCUGGCUCUAGUUUCCCAUUCAUGGCGAGAUGCGGUUCAGAGCACUGAGCUUUACAAAGUGCGUGAAGAGGUGAAUACAAAGGAAGAUUUCUUAUGUGUAUGUGCAUUUGACCCUGAAAAUAUGUGGCAGCUAUAUGACCCAAACCGGGACAUUUGGUUUACACUCCCUGUGCUUCCUUCAAGGGUUCGUAACCUUGCUCACUUUGGUGUCGUUUCCACAAAUGGAAAGCUGUUUGUUUUGGGUGGCCGCAGUGAUGCUGUUGAUGCAUCAACCGGGGAUCAAGACGGGAGUUUUGCAACAAAUGAGGUUUGGGCUUUUGAUCCGAUUGCCCGGAAAUGGUCCCCACGAGCUUCCAUGAUUGUUCCCCGGGCCAUGUUUGCAUGUUGUGUGAUAGAUGAGAAGAUAGUUGUGGCAGGUGGUAUCACCGUGUGCCGGAAAAUAAUCUCAAAUGCGGAAAUCUACAAUCCUGAAAAGGAUGUUUGGGAGUCAAUUCCCGAUCUCCACCACACCCACAACUCCGGGUGUUCGGGCUUGGUGAUCGGUGGGAAGAUGCAUGUGGUGCAUAAAGGUCUGACCGCAGUUCAUGUUCUGGAUAACGUGAAGCAGGGUUGGACGGUUCAUGAGCAUUCAUGGGCGCCGGGUCCAAUGGCGGUGGUCAAGGGUUCGAUGUAUGUAAUGAGUAAUGGGGUUAUUUAUAAGCAAGAAAAGGAGGUCCAGAGGGUGGUGGUUUCAGCAUCUGAAUUCAAGAAAAGGAUCGGAUUUGCUAUGAUGGGUUUCAAGGAUGAUAUAUAUGUGAUUGGAGGGGUGAUUAGUCCGGAAAGAUGGAAUUGUGAUAUUAAGAAGUUGUCGGAUGUUGAUGUUUUGACAUUGGGGAGUGAGCAGCCGGUGUGGCGCCAAGCAGCUGCAAUGACAAGGUGUCGGGGAACGAUUCUCGGGUGUACUCAGCUGAGAAUCUAGGCAGCAGUCAGUAUUUUUUUAUAUUUUGUUUUUGUUUUGGUAGAUGAAUCUAUAUGGAGUUAUGUCAAAUUAUACUGGAUGCCUUAAGACACAUGAUUUACUCAUUUUGUUCUAAAUGAUUCUGUAAUAUCUGAUACUAUGAUAUAUGGAAUUUAAGGAACAUCAGUUCUACAGUA